AUGAACCCCAGCACCCCCAGCUACCCCAUGGCCUCACUCUACAUGGGGGAUCUACACCCCGAUGUGACCGAGGUGAUGCUCUACGAGAAGUUCAGCCGGGGGCCCCUCCUCUCCAUCUGGGUCUGCAGGGACAUGAUCUCCCACCGCUCCUUGGGCUAUGCAUAUGUGAACUUCCAGCAGCCAGCAGACGCAGAGCGUGCUUUGGACACCAUGAAUUUUGAUGUUAUAAAGGGCAAGCAAGUACGCAUCAUGUGGUCUCAGCAUGAUCCAUCACUUCGUAAAAGUGGAGUGGGCAACAUAUUCAUUAACAAUUUGGACAAAUCCAUUGAUAAUAAAGCACUGUAUGAUACAUUUUCUGCUUUUGGUAACAUCCUUUCAUGUAAGGUGGUUUGUGAGGAAAAUGGUUCCAAGGGCUAUGGAUUUGUACAUUUUGAGACACAAGAAGCAGCUGAAAGAAAAACCAGCAGCCAGAAGCAUCUUAAUACUGACCACACUGAACAACUGGGCAAUGUGCCUCUUCUGAACCUUAGCUUCCCAGUCUACGCAAUGACAUACUUCAUUAAAAAAAAGAAAGGUGAACAAGACUACCUCCUGGUUUCUUCCCUAACAGGAGCAGCAGCUACAAUCACCAAUCUUUACCACUCAGUCAAGAGCGCUGAGCCCUUCCCGGAAAGGCCUCGAGGAGCCACGCGAGGCCAUGCCAAGCGACCGGAGUCCCCGGGAAAACUGGAGCUAAAAGUGAGCAAGGGAAGCCGCCGAAGUCGGCCAGUGUCUCCCGGCAAAUCUCUUGAAGGCCUGGGGGCGUGGCGGUGGUGGCGCAGCUUUUGA